UUUUUUUUAUAAUUUAUGCGUUUUUUUAUUCGGGAAACGAUUCAGUUAAUACAAGAACAAAAUACGAAGGAAAUGCUGAGUCUCAGAAACGAGCAGCACCUGAAGGAAGCCGAGGCAGCGAACCAACUGAAGGACGCUCAGGAGACGCUCAAGACUCGAAACAAGAGGAUCAGGACGUUGAAGCGUCAACUGAAGGAGAAAGAGACUGAAUGUGAACGAUACAUUUCGGAGUUGGAAGGAGAGAAAAAGAAAUUCAGCCAUUUGGAGACUCAGCUAGAACAAAAAGAGAGUAAAAUAAAAACUUUGAGUUCCCGACUGAAAAGAAGAGAUGAUAAGAUAAAGAAACUCGAGAAAUCCCUUGAGGACCUAAAAGUAGUAGAAAAUUAAGACGAGAGGGAGUUUUACGAGUCUCCACGAACUGAAGAUCAGCAAAGACCCAGCUAGAUAUAUGAAGAGUAUGCACUAUUUUCCCAUACUGAUUUCUCUUCGGGCCGUAUGUUGGCUGCCCAUGUGAGGCCUGUGUGGAGAGUGCAAAUGGGCCCCAUAUGGGCUGUCCACCGGCUCGCCUACACAUGGAGGCGAAAAAGGAAUAUUUCUAUGUGCCUUUUAGUAUUGCGUAUGCGUCCCAGUUUAUUUCAUUUGUUAUAUUAGAGACAAAAUUAUAUAUAUAUAUAUAUAUAUAUAU